AUGAACCUCUGGAAGUUUACGUAUCGGCCUAAUUCCGCAGCCCUGGAGGUCUUCACUGCACGGGCCCAUACCAUUGAUGGCGUUGAAAUAGAUCAGAUCCAUCGCCCAUCUCUACCUGGUCCAGAGCGGAGCCCCAGUGGGGACUUGGCACGGUUGAAGGGGGUUGAGUCCAUUGCCGUGCUAUCGCCCAAUGUGCGAACAGACUAUACAGAUCUGCAGAAGUAUAGCAAACGAGCCGCGAUGUCAUGA